ACAAUCUCCAUCACAAAUCCAAAAAAAUUAUAACGGGAAAAAAUUCGAACGUUAAAGAAAACGACAGAUCGGAAAAAAACCGCCGGAGAAAAUAUGUCUUGCACCGUCGCUCUUUCAAAUUCGCCGGUGUUCUCACCGUCUAGGGUUCCGGUGCCGGCUUCUCUUCGUUGUAAAGUUUCUAGUUCUUCAUCUUCUUCUUCGCCUGAAACCCUUACCCUAACUCACUCUCCUUCAAAGACCUCAGCUUCUCCUUCUUCUCCGUCGUCGCCGUUACGGAUUCUUAGGCUUCAGAAACCUCCACCGAGUAACCUUAUUAGAGCUUCUAAUACUGAUUGUUCUACUUCUACGGUUUUGAAGAGGAAGAGACCGACUAGGUUGGAUCUUCCGGUGGCUUCGAUGAGUUUCGGGAAUUUUCCGGUGACUCCUGCUGGAGUAGCGGAUUUGGUUGAGGCUGAGGGUGAUGGAUAUUCUGUUUGCUGUAAAAGGGGGAGAAAAGGUGCAAUGGAGGAUCGUCACUCUGCCAUGGUUAAUCUUAAAGGAGAUUCCAAACAGGGUGUUUUUGGUAUAUUUGAUGGUCAUGGAGGAGUGAAAGCUGCAGAGUUUUCAGCAGAGAACUUGAAUAAGAACAUUAUGAAUGAACUAGGGAAGACAACUGAUGACAAAAUUGAGGCGGCAGUGAAAAACGGUUAUCUUAAAACAGAUACUGAAUUUCUCAGCCAAGAAGUUCGGGGUGGAUCAUGCUGCGUGACAGCUUUAAUCCAAAAGGGCAAUAUAGUUGUAUCUAAUGCUGGGGAUUGUCGUGCUGUUGUGAGCAGAGGAGGGCUUGCUGAGGUAUUGACCUCUGAUCAUAGGCCUUCAAGGAAAGAUGAGAAGGAUAGAAUUGAGGCAUCGGGUGGCUACGUGGAUUGUUGUCAUGGUGUUUGGAGAAUUCAGGGAUCUCUCGCUGUAUCAAGAGGUAUUGGGGAUCAGUACCUUAAACAAUGGGUAACAGCAGAACCUGAGACGAAGAUUCUUGAACUUAAUCCUGAAUUGGAAUUCUUAGUCCUAGCAUCUGAUGGCUUAUGGGAUACCGUUAGCAACCAGGAAGCAGUAGAUAUUGCUCGGCCUUUGUGCACUGGCAUCAGUACACAGCAGCCCUUGUCAGCGUGUAGAAAGCUCAUUGACCUCUCUGUUUCGCGAGGUUCACUUGAUGAUAUAAGUGUGAUGAUCAUUCAACUGGGACAAUUCUGUUGACAGAUCCCCAAUUUAGGUUAGGAAUUCUUUCUUACUAACUCGCAGACGAAUUGCUAGCCAGAGAUUUUUACUAGAAUAACAGUUGGAUCAGUUUACUAGUAUGAGGUUUUUAACUCUGUAAAUCAAAUUGUUAUGCGACUUCAGAUCAGGUGAAAUGAUGAGCAAAAAUCCUUUUUUAUCCA